GUACUCAGAACUUUGAAAUAUGCUGUACCAAGAACAAGACAAGAACUAACAUAGUUGUAUAUCCAAAUUUGGAGUGUUUGGAGAAAAAACUGCUAAUGGCCAGAUGCGUAGGAUACUUUGAAUCCUUCUUAAACUAGGCCAACUUUUUUUCUGUUUUAAGUAAUUACUAUAUUAGCGUGAUGGAAGACAUAUUUCAAUGGUGCCGUGAAGGCAUUACAAUGCAAGUUCGGGUCUGGCUCGAUGACACAGAACACGACAUGAAUCAAGGGGAUGACCACGGGUUUAGUCCACUUCAUUGGGCAGCUAAAGAGGGUCAUUUAAAAAUUGUUGAAAUGCUUAUACAAAGAGGUGUACGAAUAAAUUCAACGAACCGUGGUGAUGACACACCUCUGCAUUUGGCUGCAGCUCAUGGACACCAUGAAAUUGUACACCUGUUGUUAAAAAAUCGUGCCGAUAUCAAUUUUACUAAUGAACACGGAAACACUCCUUUGCAUUAUGCCUGCUUUUGGGGUUAUGAAGCAAUUGCUGAAGAACUUAUCGAAAAUGGUGCAUUAGCAGCUUCGGCAAAUAAAGAUGGAGAUACUCCGCUUGAUAAGGCAAAAGGCCCAAUUGUUAAACAUUUGAAAGACUUGGCAUUGCAAUCUGGACAAGAUCUUACUAAAAUAAAUUUUAAAGAUCAGAGUUGGUUGGGCUUGAAGACUAGAAGUCGAGAUGCUACUUUAUCACGUCAUAAAGGAAUUAAUUUGAGUGACCUCUAUUUACAUACAAAAAUGGCCACUUCACCCAGUGGGGAAACAUGGCGAGGCCAUUGGCAAAAGAAUGAUAUUGUUGCUAAAGUGUUAGCUGUGCGACAAUGUACUCCUCGUAUAUCAAGAGACUUUAAUGAAGAGUUUCCGAAGUUAAGAAUAUUUUCUCAUCCAAAUGUGCUGCCCGUAAUUGGCUGUUGUAACUCUCCACCGAACUUAGUGGUUAUUAGCCAAUAUAUGCCUUGGGGAUCGCUCUAUACAUUAUUACAUGAAGGCGCUAGAGUUACUGUGGACACUGCACUGGCUCUCAGGCUAGCAGUAGAUGUGGCUAGAGCCAUGGCAUUUUUACAUAGCCUCGAGAGAAUUAUACCUCAAUUUUUUUUGAACAGCUAUCAUAUAAUGAUUGAUGAAGAUCUUACAGCAAAAAUUAAUAUGGCAGAUGCAAAGUUUUCAUUCCAAGAAAAAGCAAGAAUAUACUAUCCAGGAUGGAUGUCGCCAGAAGCAUUACAAAAGAAACGUACCGACACAAACUUUGAAGCUUGCGAUAUGUGGAGUUUUGCCAUACUUUUAUGGGAAUUAGCUACUAGAGAGGUUCCAUUUUCUCACCUGUCGCCAAUGGAAAUUGGAAUGAAAGUGGCAUUGGAGGGCUUGAGAGUGUCAAUUCCGUCAGAUAUUUCACCUCAUUUGACAAAGUUGAUAAAGAUAUGUAUGAACGAGGAUCCUGGAAAAAGACCUACUUUUGAUAUGGUGCUGCCAAUUUUGGACAAAAUGAAGAGAUAAACAAAAUUAAGAUUUUGAAAAAUAUUAUUUGUCAAAGAGAAAUCAUUUUGUUAGAAAAAAGGAGAUAAAAUCUCACUAACUUGAUUACUUUUAAAUUUAGGUUUUAAUUAUAGCAAGUGGUCCAAAGUAAUAAUAACAAUAAUUGUAUUAAUACUAUUCUUUUUUUAUUGUUAUUAAAAAAUUGAAAUUAAACAUUUUGUUUAAAGUUGAUACUUAAUUUAAACAUACAUUUUUUUUUAAUGUAUAAUUUUAACAGUAUUUAUAUACUAAUGACCACUUGUAUUCCAGUGUUCGCUUACUUUAUUAUGCUGACUAAUAAGACUUAAUUUAUUACUUUUACUAUUAACUAUUGUAUUAAGAAACCUGCUAUGUUAAACUACACCAUAAUUGCAUUUUUUUUAAGCUACACAAGAGCACAUAAUAGUUUAUAAAACAAAACUAUGAUCAAAAUUUGAAGUGAUGAUUUAUCAAAGGAAUGUUAAUUAUUUUUUUUGUGUGUAAACACAAGUAUAAUUAUUUAGUUGUUCACAGAUUAAAUUUUUUAAUUGUUGAAAAUGACAGUUUUUGUUAAUACUAUUCUAAUACGCAAAUCGAGCAUACAUAUUUUGUUAACUUAAAUGUAAUUUUUUUAUUUAAACUAACUGUUAGUUUUGUUAUUAAUUGUUAAUAAAUAAAACCAAUAACAUUUGUAUAUAGCUCAGUGUAGACAAUUGAAUGAAAAUAUAAUCAAUAGUUUAUAUUUUUUUAACGAAUAACAAUACACAAUGUUUUUGUUGUUUCUAGUGGGCGUUUACGAUUUUUGUCAAUUAUUUUUACCCACUACUCCCAUUGUGAACAAUGAGAAUUUUGUAUUUGAAAGGGUUUGCGUGCCUUAUUAUUAUACUGUAUUGCGUUUUUACAGAUAAUUAUCAAACCUAUAAUUAUUGUGAAUUCAAUAAACGAUUAUGUACUAAUAAAAAACCAAAUGUACUUAUUUAAAA